AUGGGAGAAGAAGAGCUAGCUGAUAUACAAAUAACGCUAGAUUCCAAGCUUAUUGAUGAGCACGUUGAUGUGUUUGUGAGAGAUGAACAAAAACUUACACUAUCACAAUUGGUACCCAGAAUUAUUCAUGAAAGAGGACCAUUUGUUAAUCUAUCAGAGGACGAAUUGAAGAAAGAAAUUGAUGCUUUAACUGCCGAAGCUACAGGUGUUGAAAUACAAGACGAUACAGGUGCUAAUGCAGAAGUUGGUGGUCUCGAAGAAACUGAUGAACCAACUACUAAUACAAAUGAAGAAUUCUUCAAGAAUAAAAACGAAUCACUUCGAUUCAUAUCAACUGCUCUCAAUGAAUCAUCAUUAGCUCUUGAUUUUGUUUCAUUGCUUAUAAGUUGUGUUAGACCUGCAGCUGGUACUAUUUCAAUGUCACAACAUUUAAAGAAGUUUGUUCCCCCAGGUUCAUUAAAUUCAGAUAUAGUGAGCAAAUCAAUCUCUCCACAAGAAAGAGAAGCACAAUUCAAAGAGGAGAAAAUUGUUGGACAGGGCUGGAAACUAACAAGUCUUGAAAAUUCUGCUCAAAAAUUGAGAGAUUCAAGUGCAAGAUUAAGUGAAGAAGUUUUAAAAGAGAAAACUUUUUGGGAUACAAUCAAGAAAAAUUUCAACAAUAAAGAAAUAUUAUACAAAACAAGAGAUAAAGUCACUGGGAAAAGAAUAUUUGCAGUUAAAUAUGGGUAUGAAGAUUCUGGGUCUACUUACAAGGUUCAAGGUAGUGCUGUUUUAAAACCAACAAAGAACAAUCAACAAAUGGAUUUUGUUCCAUUGAAUAAUGUGUCAGGCUCCGAGAAGAAACUGUUGAGAGUUAGGAUCAUGGCUAAACAGAAUAACGAUGAUGAAUACUCUAUCAUUGGUGAAUCCAAGAUUGAUGAAAAAUUUGGGAAUGAUGACUCCAUAAGAUCUCAAAUCGCCAAGGCUAGAUAUUUUAUCUUUGAAGAGGAAUUAUUCAAUCAACUGAUUGAGGAGGCCAGUACUUUAAUUGCAUAUAAUGUGAAGGUUGAGAGUGAAACCAAGCUAUCUAUCAUUCUGAAUGAUGAGAUAAUAGAAAUUGAGUAUGUGGAGUAUGACGAGGGAAAAACUCCAACUCAAGAACCAUUUAUUGAAAGAUCUGCAAAUGCAAGAGCUGAACUAAUAUCUACAUAUCUCAGAUUAAUGCUGACUGUGAAAUACAAAAAAAAUCUUGAAGCUAAAAAACAACCAGUUGUUGUCAAGAAUUCAAACCAAAAUAGAUUACUCUCCACACCAUACACACUUGUUUUACGCCCAUUGGCUGGUCAUUUUAAACAUGAACAAAAUUUGAAAAAAUUAUAUCAUAUGAUUAAAGAUAUAUUGAAAAAUGUAUCAAAUUCAACAUUCACAUUAACAAAAUUUGCCAAUAUUAAAAAGAAGGAAAAUGAACAGGAUCCUUUCAAAAGAAUUUUCACACCUCCCUUAUCUAAAUUCAAUUUGUUGAUAAAUGAAUCCUUGAAAAUUGAAGUUUCGUUAAAUUCAAUUGAUUUCUUGAAUCAAUUCAUUCAUGUUACUGCAUUCCAAGCUGAAGAUUUAUUUGGAGAUGAUCAGAAAAAAGUGUUGGAUGUUGAUUUCGAAGACUACAGACAAGUUGAAGAAUGUUUAGAAUGGUUGAUUGAAGAAUACAAAACAAAAGAUGAGGAAUAA